AUGCAAGUGGUUGAUCUCCUUGGCAGUCCAAGACUACCAACGAUACUUGAAACACUCUCGCUAUGUCUACUUUUACUCCUCCUUUACCUCCUUGAUACGUUCCUCUUGAAGCCUUUGACAUCACCUUUACGGCACUUGGCUGGUCCACCUGGGGGAUAUGGUAUUAAUGGACAUAGUGUUCAAAUCAUGGAUCUACAUGGGUCCACGGUCCACGAUUGGAUAUCCACCUACGGCUCAACAUUCCUCGUGAGAGGUCCCUUCGGCGUCCAUCAUAGGAUAUUCACCUUGGAUCCCAGAGCACUAUCUCACGUACUCAACAAUACUCAAAUCUACUUCAAAUCGCCUCUGCUAAGGAACCUAGUCAGGAGGUAUAUGAAAGAAGGUUUGAUAGUUGCUGAAGGUGAACGACACAAGUUACAGCGGAAAGUUGCUCAGAGGUUGUUCAGUAGAAAUGGAUUGAAGGGGAUGAGUGAGGUAGUGGAGGAGAAAGCGACUCAGCUACGAGAUAUAAUCCACGAACUUUUGACUAACCCCCAAUCUACCACACCUUACUCCCCUCACCGCAGUAAUCUACCACCCGGAUCCAGAGAGAUAGAUAUCUACGCAUCAGCAUCGAGAUGUACAUUCGAUAUCAUCGGUCAAGUAGGUAUCGAUCAUGCAUUCGACUCAACAGGUAAUUGGGAAGGUGAAGGAGGAGAACUGUUCGACAAGUACGAGAGGAUGCAAUACCCUGCAAAUGGGCUGAAAUUCAUCAUGGGAUUGAUUUGGCCUUGGUUUGAGAAGGUUUUACCCAGUGAAAAUGCAAAAUUGGUAGCGAAAGCGAUGGAUCCUCUGGAAGAUCUUUCUAAGAAGAUAAUGAACGAGAGGCAAAGAGAGAUCGACGAGGGUAAAAGGGAGCUGCCAAGUGAUAAUAGAGAUCUAUUGACAUUAAUGUUACGAUCCAACAUGGCCAAAGGACUGAAACCCGACCAGAAAUUGAGAGAUCACGAAAUCACCGGUCAAUUGUCUACAUUCAUGUUUGCGGGAUCGGACACCACAGCAGGAACAAUCGCCAUGGGAUUAUAUCAACUUGCCAAACAUCCCUAUGUCCAAGAAACUCUACGUACUGAAAUAUCAUGCUAUGGAGAUAAUUUACCUUAUGAGCAGAUUGACGAAUUGCCAUACUUGGAUGCGGUGGUGAAAGAGGUAUUGAGGAUUAACCCUUCUUUACCCGGUACAGUUAGACAAGCUCAGCAGGACGAUGUCAUCCCUUUAUCUCAACCUAUCAAGUUGACCAAUGGGAAAAUUGUCAGUGAGCUGAAAAUUAGAAAAGGUCAAUUGCUUCAUAUCCCUAUCGAGCACUUGCACACCUCCAAGGGAAUAUGGGUUUCCAACGCGGAUACGUUCGAUCCAUCUAGAUUUCUGGGAAGUGAACAUCUUGAACCUUCCAAAACUCCUUUAACGGCAUCCUUCCCCUCAGCUUCUACCUCUUGGCCAACAGGUCCAACGGGUGAUCAACCUGGUUCUGUACCGCGCAAAACGUCUAUACCAUCUAACGUACCUUCUGGACCUGGCGUCUGGCCAAAUUUCAUGACUUUUAUCGAUGGACCAAGAAGAUGUAUAGGAUAUAAACUCGCUUUGAUGGAAAUUAAAAUAAUGUUUUUCAGGUUGAUCAAAGAUUUCCAGGUUUUAUUGAAAGAGGAUCAAAGAGUUUGGAGAUGGAAUAUGAUGAGCACUAGACCUUAUGUAGAAGGUACUUUGUAUGCUAAGGGAUCGAGUCUACCCAUCAUCAUCAAACAUCUUAAAACCGAAGAUGAAACGAGGAGAGAUUUAUCGAAUUCGAAAGAAGUGGAAUGA